UUUGGGCGGCAAUUUAGCCAAAAACAGACCACCCUACACAUCGGAAUCAAUAACGAGGGCCGUGAACCCUGGCCAGUGGGUCGGGACUCGAGCUUAGGGUCUGGCGCCUGAGAUGGCCGCCGCUGCAGCCAUCCAUGGAUAAUGAUGACGGAACAAUUGGCUGGCCCUGGAAACGUUGUUGACUGAGGGGUCGGACGGACGAUGUCAUUCUACAUGCUAUUCCUGUCCACCGUCCUGGCCUCGUCUGAUCUAUUUGGGGGUGGCGUGAAGACAAUCCCUCGUCUGCAGUCCACAGCUGUAUGUACAACGAAUCCAUUGACUGAGGCUUCGCCCGAUGGGGUUAUACCGUAUUCGUACCCCGAUUGGGUAGUGCGUGUCAGGAUCGGAGAGACCAAAACACGGCUGCCUACGGUGUAUGGUCCUUGUUGGACAGUCAAAAGUAUGCGUGUGGGCCCUGCAGAAAAGCAGAAGAAAGGGUCUUUGGCUCUCGUCAGCCCUACAGUGCAUUCACGGGUCACGGAAGUUGGCCGUCACUUCAGCAGCGUCGGGGGCCGCGGGGGCCGUGACGCAUUUCUUCCGCGAAUCCGCGCAGGAAGAAGAAAAUUGCAGCCUGGUCUAGCUCAGUCAGUAGCCAGGGACGGGUGCAGUCACACAAGAAGCUUGACGUUGAUUAGUAUUGUGGUGGUGGGCGUUGAGUUAUGUUGGUUGGUUGUGUUGUGUUGUGUCGGUUUUGUGUCGAUGGUUGAGUCAACAGCCAAGCUUUCUUGACUGUCGGGAGGAUCGCUUGGUCUUUUUGCUUCUCGUUUCCUCCUUUUCCUCUCUUCAUUACUUCAUCUCAACUUCGGAACAUCGGAAGCAAUCCGAGCUCAAUGAUGUCAAUGACUAACAGGAACUCCCCAUCAUGCAAUAAAAUUUGCAGGGAUCAGUUACCUGGAUGAAUAUCAGUCGCAACAGCAAUUUCCCGACAAGCUUUAUCGGUCAGAU